GUGAGCCAGGGAAUCGCUCCAGGCUGGGUUGUGAAGAAUGGAACCCAUGGAGGCAGCCCAGACCCCGGAGAAGAGGAGGAGGUUCACCGUGCAGUUGCAGGACCCUGAACACAGCACGGUGAGGCCUCUCUUCAAAUCAUCUUGCUCUUCAGCAGAGCCCAGGGCCCCUGCCCUGCCUGGGGCCACUUCCUAUGCUGAAUAUGUUGUCACCGAGGCCUCCGUGCCAGUCCCCCGGCCUGUCAGGGUAACAGCUGCACCCUCGGGGUCUGGAGAGCAGGCUGCCUUGGGAGCACUCCCUUCAGGAAGCGAGGCCAGCGUCAUACUCUCUGCUGCCCAUGGGGACUCAGAUCCCAGUCCCGUGCUGAAACCAGGGACCAAGAGCAACUGCAUCAUUGUCAGCCCUCGUCAGCGGGGGAACCCCAUCCUGAAGUUUGUGCGCAACAUCCCCUGGGAGUUUGGUGAGAUCGUCCCUGACUACGUGCUGGGCCAGACAACAUGUGCCCUCUUCCUGAGCCUGCGGUACCACAACCUGAAUCCCAAAUACAUCCAUGAGCGGCUGCAGCGCCUGGGGAAGACGUACGCUCUGCAGGUGCUGCUGGUGCAGGUCGACGUGAAGGACCCGCACCAAGCACUGAAGGAACUGGCCAAGAUAUGCAUCCUGGCCGACUGCACUCUCAUCCUGGCCUGGAGCCCUGAAGAGGCCGGACGCUACCUGGAAACAUACAAAGCCUACGAGCAGAAACCAGCAGACCUGCUCAAGGAGAAGGUGGAUCAGGACUUCCUGUCCAAAGUGACCGAUUGUCUGACCAGCGUGAAGUCAGUUAACAAGACGGACACACUGAGCCUUUUCUCAACAUUCGGGUCUCUGGCGAAUAUUGCACAAGCAUCCAAGGAGGAUCUCUCCCUCUGCCCAGGCGUCGGGCCCCAGAAGGCCAAGAGGAUCUUUGACACCCUCCACCAGCCCUUUCUGAAGAUCCCCAAGUGAGCAGAGCCCUCCCCUGCGGCACUGCCAGCAGCAGACAAGCAGGAAUACAUAGCCCCCUUGCCUGCCCAGCCUGGGUCCUGCCGGCAUGCUGUUUGCCAGGGCUUUGGGGGACACUGUGCAGAACCAGGUGUUUGUGAGUCUGGACUUUUGACAAUAAACCACACUGUGCAGCAUUGCA